CACCCCAGCAGGUGCUGACCAACCCCCAGGAUGGCGGAAGCACACCAGGCUGUGGCCUUCCAGUUCACUGUGACCCCAGAAGGGGUUGACUUCCGGCUCAGUCGGGAGGCUCUGAAACACGUCUACCUUUCGGGAAUCAACUCCUGGAAGAAGCGCUUGAUCCGCAUCAAGAAUGGCAUCCUCAGGGGUGUAUACCCGGGCAGCCCCACUAGCUGGCUGGUCGUCGUCAUGGCAACCAUGGGCUCCUCCUACUGCAAGGUGGACGUUUCCAUGGGGCUCAUCUGCUGUAUCCAGAAGUGCCUUCCGGAGGGGAACGGCUCCUACUACACGCCACAGACACGGGCACUUCUCAGCAUGGCCAUCUUCUCCACGGGGGUCUGGGUGACCGGCAUCUUUCUUUUCCGCCAAAGCCUGAAGCUGCUGCUCUCCUAUCAUGGGUGGAUGUUUGAGAUGCAUGGCCGGACCAGCCGCUUCACUAAGAUCUGGAUUAUCUGUGUCCGCCUCCUGUCCAGCCGACGACCCAUGCUGUACAGCUUCCAGUCAUCUCUGCCCAAGCUCCCUGUGCCCAGCGUGCCAGCCACCAUCCAGAGGUACUUGGAAUCUGUGCGGCCCUUGCUGGGUGAUGAGGAAUAUUACCGCAUGGAGACGCUGGCCAAAGAAUUCCAGGACAAGACUGCCCCCCGGUUGCAGAAAUACCUGGUGUUCAAGUCCUGGUGGGCAACAAACUACGUGAGCGACUGGUGGGAGGAAUACAUCUACCUCCGAGGGAGGAGCCCCCUCAUGGUCAACAGCAACUACUAUGUCAUGGACCUGGUGCUGGUCAGGAACACAGAAGUGCAGGCAGCCCGUGUGGGAAACGCUGUGCACGCCAUGAUCAUGUACCGCCGCAAGCUGGACCGCGAGGAGAUCAAGCCUGUGAUGGCUCUUGGGAUUGUUCCCAUGUGCUCCUACCAGAUGGAGCGGAUGUUCAACACCACCCGGAUCCCUGGCCGGGAGACAGAUGUGCUACAGCACCUGUCAGACAGCAGGCAUGUGGCCGUCUACCACAAGGGCCGCUUCUUCAAGGUGUGGCUGUAUGAGGGCUCCCGCCUGCUCAGCCCCCGGGAGCUGGAGCUGCAGUUCCAGAGGAUCCUGGAUGACCCAUCCCCACCUCAGCCUGGGGAGGAGAAGCUGGCAGCCCUCACUGCAGGAGGGAGGGUGGAGUGGGCGCAGGCCCGCCAGGCCUAUUUCAGUUCGGGCAAAAACAAGGCUGCGCUGGAGGCCAUCGAGCGUGCUGCUUUCUUUGUGGCCCUGGAUGAGGAGGCCCAUGCCUACAACCCCGAAGAUGAAGCCAGCCUCAGCCUCUAUGGCAAGGCGCUGCUGCACGGCAACUGCUACAACAGGUGGUUCGACAAGUCUUUCACUCUCAUUUCCUUCAAAAACGGCCAGUUGGGCCUCAACACAGAACAUGCGUGGGCUGAUGCCCCUAUCAUUGGGCACCUCUGGGAGUUCGUCCUGGGCACAGACACCUUUCACCUGGGCUACACAGAGACUGGGCACUGCCUGGGCAAGGCAAACCCCACACUUGCACCUCCUCAGCGGCUGCAGUGGGACAUCCCUGAGCAGUGCCAGGCCAUCAUCGAGAGCUCCUACCAGGUGGCCCGGGCACUGGCGGAUGAUGUGGAGCUGUGCUGCUUCCAGUUCUUGCCCUUUGGGAAAGGCCUCAUCAAGAGAUGCCGCACCAGCCCAGACGCCUUUGUGCAGAUCGCCCUACAGCUGGCCCACUUCCGGGAUAAGGGAAAGUUCUGCCUGACCUACGAGGCCUCAAUGACCAGAAUGUUCCGGGAGGGGCGGACAGAGACUGUGCGUUCCUGUACCAACGAGUCCACAGCCUUCGUGCAGGCCAUGGUGGAGGGGUCCCACAUGAAAGCCGACCUCCAAGAUCUCUUUCGGAAGGCUUCGGAGAAGCACCAGCACAUGUACCGCCUGGCCAUGACCGGCGCUGGCAUCGACCGACACCUCUUCUGCCUCUACCUGGUCUCCAAGUACCUGGGUGUCAAUUCCCCUUUCCUGGCUGAGGUGCUCUCAGAACCCUGGCGCCUUUCCACCAGCCAGAUUCCUCAGUCCCAGAUCCGCAUGUUCGACCCAGAGCAGCAUCCCAACCACCUGGCUCCUGGUGGCGGCUUUGGCCCCGUGGCAGAUGAUGGCUAUGGCGUUUCCUACAUGAUCGCAGGCGAGAACACCAUCUUCUUCCAUGUCUCCAGCAAGUUCUCAAGCUCGGAGACUAAUGCCCAGCGCUUUGGAAACCACAUCCGUCAGGCCCUGCUGGACAUCGCUGAUCUUUUCCAAGUCCCCAAGGCUGACCGUUGAGGACAGAAGUGCCAGCUACCCUCCCCUGCCCCAUGCUGGGCAACAAGAGGCCUAGGAUGGCUCAAACAUGAGGGGUGGCCACAUCCAGGCCCCAGGGACAGCACUGGAAGCUGCUGUCCCAUGGUACAGGCUGCUCCCAAGGGCCCCAGUGGUAGAGGUGGGAUUGGAGCAGGGAGGGAAUUUGAAUUAGCUUUUUCUUGGUAAACACUAAUAAAAAUAAGGCUGUGUAAUUCGUCUCAGCCCUUAGGUCCCUGUGUUUUGUUUGGCUUUGCCCAACUAGGGCCAGCAGGGAAAGGCUGGGCC